GUGGACGUGGCUCGUCUCCUCGUCUUCAGGGUUACAACCGAGCACCAGCAGGUUCUGGUUUGUUUUCGAAAAAUCCUGGUCCCCGGCACAGCAAUGUUUCGUCCUCCAGUUCAUCUUCCUCGCUCCAGUCUCUCUCCGACGAUGACGAGAGCCAGACCAAGGCGCACCAUCUUUGCACUACACAGCUGGAUAUGAAUUGCAAAAGUAUCGUACUCGUAUAAAUGCAUUACAAAUUUCCUCAGCAUGAAAAAGAAAAUUUGUAAUGCGGCUUUACCAUAAGAGAAAGAUUUGUAAUGCAUGACUGCCAUUACUACGAGUGUGAUACUUUUGCACAGGAUACUGGAAGACCUGUUGGAAAUGACGGAAGCGG